AUGUCUACAUCCCAGAAACCGCGACGGAAGCCCGUCAAUUAUGAGAAGCUCAGUGUCUCUACGGCCCCGUCGCCAGUUCCUUUGACGGAAGCCAACUCUUCGGCUGCUCUAGGAUCCGGGUAUCUGGCAUCUGCUGAAGAUGUGAGCGCAAAGAGGGCCGUCAGCCCGUUGAUGCAAACAGCUGGCCCACGCGCUCCGACAAGUAUGAAUCCCGGCAGAUCUGAUCUUCUUUGGGUGCCGUCGGCUGUUCCCUCGUCCAACGCUCCUGUCCCGCGACCGAGCCGGAAAGACUCGCUGUCAUCCACGCACUCCGCUCUGAGCCCAGCGCCGAAAGUCCUGCCGGCUCCUGUGACACGCAAGAGCGUUCCCGCCAAGUCUACUCAGCAGAAUGUAACGCCCCUGGGUCCUAGGCCGCAGCCUCCGAACCGGACUGAUGUGCCGAAGACCGCGAUGCCACCCGUGCCUAUCAGCAUGAAGCCUUCGGCAUCAACUUUGGACGUGAAUCCGCCAAGGGGACGAUCUACCACCGUGCAGGAUGUAACCAACGUGAAAGAGACCAACGAUGAAGGACUCGGCACUCAUAAGCGUCGAGCUCAGUUCGACAGCCGAAGGAAGAACGAAACCGCGUUGGCAGCAGAGUUCAAGGAAUUGACCGAGACCGUCGCUGCACGUCAUAGCGAAACACAAGAUAUGCAUGCCGCCGUCGAGCUCCUCAUGCGCCGAAUCCGAGCUUUGGAGAAGCAGAUUGAGACUUUAGGGGCUGAGCCAGUCACCAGAACAGACGAGUCUCUGAGUCAAGACAAACUCGACGAGAUUACUAGUGGUGUCUGGAAGAAAUUCGAAACCAUGAGCGGCAAAGCAAGUUCCACUACCUCGCAAACAACGGCGCUCAUGGAAGAGAUUCAGGCGAAAACCAACCAGAUUCGGCGGCAUCUGAAACUACCCAUCCCCGACGACCCCACCCUUGGUGCGGAAGACAAACUCCAGCCGACAAUUGGAGCAGGAGGGAAGGUAUCGGAGACCGCGCCUGCAGCGGAGCCAAAUUAUGUCCAGUGUUGCUUGUCUGUAGACGGGUCGAAGACCGUAAUAUCAGCUCCAGCAACGGUCAAGAACGAUCCGAAGGAAUCAACGAAGGUUGGGCACCCCCAUGACCGAAUGCCGGAGGAAUCUGGUGCCUCCGUCAAGCAAGCCGGUCUUCCACCUUUGGCACCUUCAAGGGCCGCAUCCGCCAUGCCUCAGGUCGAAGCUGCACCGAAGGAGGAUUUAGCAGCGCCCAAAGUCGGGACAACAUCAGCGCCGCCGCCUUCGCCUUCUAGACGAGAAUCGAGCAAGUCGGUCGAAGCAAAGGACCCGGUGGAACCCGCAACGCCAACAACGAAAACCAUCCCGGAGCCCAAACAUGCUGACAUUUCCAAACCGAAAGAAUCUAGCGAGACUGCGAACAUCGCGAAGCCCGUCAGUAUCAGCGUCGUCACUCCCACGAGCAACACUUCUGCGAGAGCAGAUGAGCCGAGCGAAGGCGUUAGCAAGACGCUAGCGGCUGAUGGAUUUGCCGAUGAUUUGCUUGCCAUUAUGAAUGAUUUUGGUUUUUGA